GCAGAGAGCACUGCUCGGGUCCCCUUACGUCGUUCGCCGAGUACAACAUUUCCUCUACUCCGUUACAGUUGGGCAGUCGGGAUGAUGACUGUGGUCGCACGCACGCACGCACGCACUGACGCUUCUCUCGCACUCACGCUCCAAACCAUUCCUCCUUAUGAAUCUAUGGGAACAUCUUCGUAACGAGUCCCAGAUGCUUCGUGACAGCUGCACUGCUCGGUUGCUCUGUUCCUCUCGCAUUCUGUCAUGAAUCUCACCGCGUUUAGGCGAGCCCGACGGGUCGACCGCCCCGCUGCUCGAAGAUGGAGGCGAGACCGGUCGGGUCCAUUGGAAAAGGCAGGAACUGUGCAGUAUACUAGAUAACAGCGUACCCCGCCUCUGCAUUCAAUGAACCACAUCGGCAGCUACACCGUACGCACAGAAUUAGGGUACAAGGCAUCUUCGCAGCAUGGAAUUCGGAACCAGAAUGGAUGAUGGAGAUGGAGUGGGCCGAAGGGAUCGACCUCGUCACAACAACCGAGUGAGGACCCACAGUUCGCUAAAAUAAGCGCACGGUGACCCGCGGUCGAAAGUCCAUCGGAGGACUCUUGCAGAGCGAGUGAGUGAGAGCUCCCUCGAGGCGCGGAGUCGCUCUGGAGAAAUGUCGAGACAGGAAAUUUAGGCAGCGGAGGGACAUUGUACCGAUCGAAAGUCGGGGCCAUGGCGCGAUCGUUGAGAGUGGUCAUCCGAUUGCAGGGUCGCAUUAGUCGCGGGCCAUAGGCGGGAUGCCCGUCACCCCUGCGCGGUCUACCUUCCCGGAUUCGAGCAAUGCUGUCCGAGGCGCUGAAGGAGAAGAUGAAGAGGGCGUACCCGAACAUACCGAAGUCGAUGAGCAGUCCCGAUAUACCGAAAAGCCACACGACCAAGCCCGGGGCCGUGUGCGGCCAUGAGCUCUGGGUCGACGGGCUCAUUCUGGCGUACGAAUUCAUCCCGGCACCGAAGAACAAAAUCAAAGUGGGUGGGAAAUUCGGCCAGAAGAGCGGGCCCAUGAAGGGCAAUUUCAACGCGGAGAUCACGUUGCGCGACCCGAGAGUGGCCGAGGGCGCGGAGCUGUCGAAAGGAUCACCUCCGGAGCCCGGCAAGGCGGCGGGAGCUGGAGUGGAGUCGCGGGACGAGCAGCGGGGCGCGCAGGGGAGCGUGGAGAAUGCGCCGCCCGGUCCCGGCGAGGACGCGGACGACGGGCCUCGGAAGAAGGAGCACAACCAGUGGGUUCCGAUCGGGUGGGAGAGGCUGGGCGAGCUGGUGCAGAUUGUGCAGGCCAACAUUCUGACGGGCCGGCUCGAGGAGAUGAUGGACGACGCGGCGUCGGAGAACGGCGACUUCCUGAGCGUGGCGGACCAGGCCGCCCCCUACUGGCAGUCGCCGGCCGGGCCGACGUGGUGGUGUCAUGUGGAUCCUCGGCACUCGAGCAUCGUCUCGUGGUUGAGCCACGCGCAGUGGCUGCACCCGGCCAUCAGCACGGCGCUGCGCGACGAGAGCCGGCUCAUCAGCGACCGGAUGAAGCACUUGUACUACGAGGUCCCGGUGCGCGUGGCCGGCGGAAUCCUGUUCGAGCUCCUGGGGCAGUCGGUCGGCGACCCUCACCGCAACGAGGAAGAUGUGCCCAUCGUCCUGCGGUCCUGGGCCUCGCAGAACUUCCUCCUCUCGGCUAUGCACGUCAAGGGCGAAGUGCCCUCGCUCAAUGUGAUCGGAAUUUCCGAGGUUCAGGACAUCGUGGGCGCCGGCGGCAUGAAGGCGCCCAAAACUGCCCACGAGGUCAUCGCUCUUCUGGCCGACCGGCUCGCUCGCUGGGACGACCGGUUGUUCCGGAAGCAUUACUUCGGCGAGGCCGACGAGGUCGAGCUCAAGUUCGUCAGCCGGCGGGACGGUGAAGACCUAGCGAUCCUGAGCAUGAUUCUGAAUCAGGAAAUUCGCAGACUGUCGUCGCAGGUGAUUAGAGUGAAGUGGUCUCUUCAUGCGAGGGAGGAAAUUAUGUACGAACUUAUGGCGCAUUUGCGAGGAAAGAACACGCAAUCGAUUUUGGAGUCUAUUCGGAAGAGUACGAGGGCGAUGUUGGGAGAGCAGGAAGCUGUGCGCGAUCGGCUUUUCACGGUGCAGGAUGUGAUGCAGGCCACAGUCAGAGCAUCCCUGCAGGACAAGAGUGUGCGAAUUCAGCACAAUCUGGCGGUCAUCGGAGGCCCCGGGCUUCUCCUCUCGAUCAUUGCCGGUCUUUUUGGGAUCAAUGUGGGCGGCAUACCUGGAUCGACGAACGAUCGAGCUUUUCUGUUCUUCAGUUUAGUCUUCUUCAUUUUUGGUGCAGUUCUUAUAGCUGUUGGUAUGAUUUAUCUAGGUUUCAAGAAACUUCCAACUGAAGAGCAGUUGGCAUCGAGAAAAUUAGAGCUGCAAGAUCUAGUCAAACACUUCCAGAAGUCUGCCGAAUCUCACGAGAAAGUUAGGGAUGUUGUAGAUAACCACCAAAGAUCCUCGCAUAUUUUACUUAGACCGAACAGUGAAGAGUAUAUUUUAAUCACCUGAAUUCGACCUCCGUGAAUGUUAAACCUAGUCUACCGUAGGUUCCGCUCAGGAUCCAAAGACCAACCCAAAGUCCUUGAGAUUGAUGGGAGUCUGGGAGCGGGUGUAUCAUGAUAACAAUACGAUCAGACCAUUAACCCACUUUUCCUGCGACGUUCACUGUCACAAGGUUCACAAGGUUUUGCUUCAGCUGUUUUUGUACGCAUAAGGUCGUACUUGGUCUACGGUCUGUCCUACUUACAUGUGAACGUUGGCAUGAAAGUUGCAUAAAGUUGGUCUCCUCAUGAAGGCCGAGCGUAGAAUCUCCUCUUGAGCUGUCUUUCCGUACGUGAGGAGAUGGUCGGUUUGUGAAAAUAGCCUGUGAUACUUUCGAGUUCAUCAUGGGAAGACUCCCUCACAUUUCAAGUUUGUGAAGCGGCCACUUUUCCUUUGCCGGACGUACAUGAAUGGCUUACAUAGAAAACGAAAACCAAUCGUUUACACGACAGAAUCUGCUGUGUCAAAGGUGCAGGUCGAAAAGUACAUGUACUCUGGAUCGUUGCAGUUCAAGGUUUAUCAAAAGUCACUGUUGUGUAAGGAUUUCAUCACUUUACGCCGUAUUUCCUCCUGUGAACAUACACAUGUAACUGAGCAGUAAAAAGACAGCAGUUCAGGGUUUAUCAAAAGUCACUGUUGUAUAAGGAUUUCAUCACUUUACCCUGUACUUCCUCCUGUGAACAUACACAUUUAUCUGACCAGUAAAAAGAUAGCGUUGAGCUCAACUGAUCUGGAUUUUUGUUUCGUG